GAUUGUUGUUUUUACUGACAGAGUAAAGCCAACCUCAAAUCAUAUGUCAUUUGAAACAACAUCGGACAUUACUUUGAUUGUUUGAUGAGUCAAUUUUAAUGGGCUUUGGUGGAUAUUUUCGUUUGUCUUCACAAUAAAAAUUAGAUUGCAAGGUUAUUAACAGUCCUACAUUUCUCAGAGUGUAUAGGGGUUCUUUAAAAUCCAGUUUGAGACUUUUCGCGCACGUCCAGGAGCAGAGAUCGGGAAAUACAUUUCACAGAUUUGUCGAUAAUUUUCUUCAUUGGCACGAUUAGAGCAAUGAAGGCCCUAUCAUGGAUACCCAUUAUGUACAUUCUUUGCUUUUUCCCGAUGGAUGCAUCUACAAAUGAAAACGGAUCAAGUCGUAUAUUAUCAAACAGCGGCUGUAAUGAGACGACAGCGGUCUACCCCAACACUCUCAUCAACGAAACGGUGGUUGAAGGGUACGCUAUAUUCACAUGCGACAUCGGGUUCGAAAUGGACCUGCCUGACCACGGCGACGCGGUUUUAGCUGUGUGCAACGGAACGUCUGGAGAAUGGGAUUUCAUAGAUCAAAGCCCGAAAUGCGAAAUGAUAUCCUGUCAGUUUCCUCCGUUACCCGCCUAUGGGUACUUUGAAGAGGUCAGUCUGGGUUUCGGGGAAUCGGGCAACUACACGUGCGAACAGGAGUUCAUCGUCGACGGCGAAGCUACCGCCACCUGCCAAGCCGAUGGGACGUGGAGCUCGGAACCACCGCUGUGCCGAGUAAGCUGCCCAACUUCGGAGGAUUCUCUAGCCAACGCCUACUUGAGUGACGCGGAGUGUGUUGAUGUGAGAUCAGACUCAAAGACUUGGAACGAGGCUAAUGAGACCUGCGUCGUUCAAGGUGGAUCUCUGGUCGUUAUUCCAACAAAUAGAACCCUAGAAAUUAUACAGGGCGCCCUCAGAAAUGUGAGCGAUGGUUACACGGCUGGAUACUGGAUUGGAGGGUACGAGGCACCAAAGAAUUCCUCCUGGAAGUGGGAUAAAAGUGGUGACGUCAUCACUGACUUCUUUUGGGCCAAUGGAGAGCCAACAAACGGAGAGAAAGACACUCGCAUAAUCUUAAGUAAGAUGUCGAAUUGGCAAUGGGCGGCGCACCGGUUUGAUGAUAAUCAAGAUGAAAAUAAUGAAGCAAUUGGCUACCUGUGUCAGUUUGAUUCAAUAUGCGCCUCCGCAGGUUUAAGUAUAUCGGACGACGGGGUAUUCCCAUACGAUGGCAAGUGCUACUUCUUUCAGAAUGUUGGUUUCUUCAAAUGGGAUGACGCGAAUAGCGUUGAUGGUGAUGCAGGAAUACCCGGAUGCCUUGGCAUUGGAGACACGAGUGGUUUCCUGGCCGAAAUACGAGAUGAGGACACCCAGAAUUUAUUGAUACAACUCGGGGUAAGGAGUUACUGGAUAGGAGCGGUUCUUGAAGAAUCAAGUUCUGGCAGAUCAUGGCUUUGGGUUGACGGUUCUUCGAUAGCUUCACCGUGUUGGGGUCCAGAGGAGCCCAGUGAUAGCAACGAGAACUGCAUUGACCUUUACCCGUUCCAAAAUGGAGGUUACUUGAUGAACGACGAGGCUUGCUCAAGCACUCUUCGCUAUGUUUGCGAAUUCAGUGUCACCAAUUCUACAACGGUAUGUGGCGACCCGGGCACACCUUACCGCGGGUACCGUGCUGACGAAAUAUCGGCCUCUUUCCUCCCUGGAGAGAGCAUCGAAUUUUCGUGCAACGAAGGAUACGAAAUAGCGGGAGCAUCAAAAGUCGUAUGCCAGCCGGAUGGGACGUGGAAUGAAACGAUCCCAACCUGUAAUGCCAUCGAAUGUGGCCCUACCCCAUCCGUCCACAACGCCAGUCUUUCGCACCUGACCUCUAGCACGUACCGUGGUACCGCAGUGUAUAGCUGCAACGAAGGAUAUGAGUUGGUGGGUAACCCAUCCGUCUACUGCAUGUCCAAUGGUGACUGGAGCGCUGCCGAUUUUACCUGUCAAGAGAUACAGAGCACGACUGUACUGGAAGAAACUACCUUGAUAAUCACCACUGCAUUUGAUGAGGACACCACCAUUGUUGAUUUCACCACCGUGCAGGAUUUUACUACUAUUGCACAGACAACGACAUUACUAGAUACCACAGUACAGGAACUAACUACAGCAGUUGGCCAGACUACACUGAAGAAGACAACAGUAGAAGAUGGUACGACAUACCAUCUAGGUACCACAACUGCCCCUGCAGUUUCCACGAUACCCACCGAUGCGCCAUCUACAAAUGCAAUGUUUACAACCUACUUGUAUUCAACUGAAAAGAUAUCCACUCCUGAUGACUCAACAACCGAAGUUGAUAGUACGACAAUUUCCCAAACCACUGGUUUUGAAACGACAUAUGUUGAUGCUUCCACGAAAGAUUUUCCAUCUACAUUAGCUGGUAAUACCAUGCCAAUUGUUUCUACUGUUGGCACAACCUUUCCAACGGAUUCAGAUGUGACUGACAUGCCAACGGUGUCGACUGGAACAUUUGGGGCAGAAACGUCAAUGAUGAUGUCAGAAAUAACAUCUGUGCCGACAUCCAGCGACAUAACAUCUGGUCAUACGUCACCUAGUCCUACAACAUUCGAUCAUUCCACUGUCGGCUUUACAACAUCACUUCCCACAACAGUUGAACCUCCAACCACGGAGCGUCUUUCAACCUCAGAUCCAACACCAACUGAGCAUCCAACAUCGAUUCCUACAUCAGUUAUCCCCACAACAACUGGUUCCAUUUCAACUGUUGCUCUUACCUCGGGUCAACCCUCAUCAUUGCUUACAACCUCCAAACCGACGACACCAACAAGCAAUCCCACAGUUUUACCGCCUACAACAAACAAGCGUACAAGAACUCCGACAUCACAAAUACCUACAACAUCGAAUUCAGGUAAAAUAUCCUCAACCAGCAGUAGAAUUACAGCUUCCCAAACCAGUUCAACAGAAAGUAUUGCAUCUACUUCUUCAGAGGCACUCCGGACCAUGUCAACCCAGACCACAGAAGCGUCUGGGAAGAAUGAAAACCCUUUUCCUGUUGCUCUUAUUGCUACGAUAUCAGCAAUAUUCGGACUUCUCCUCAUCGUCAUCGUACUCAUCUUUAUUAUAGCAUUGAUGACGUCGUCCAAGAAAAGAAAAAGCACUUCGCACAAUCUUCUCAUGACCGAUUUCGGCCCGACGCCAACUUCCGAGGACAAACCUUCAAAUGACUACGUCUCUGCGAGUGAGAUGAUGGUCAACAGCGUCUUUGCCGACGAGGAAUAUAGAAAAAGCAUCUUAAACUAUAGACCCUUAAUGCCCCGAAUAUCAUCUACAUCUAGCAGUAACCACAGUCAAAAUGGGUGGGGGUUCUCGAGGACGAACUCAGAGGGCGUUCCCGGUGCUGCUGCAGGGAAUGGCCAAAGACAACCGAUUUACGAAAACGUUUCCAGGAGCAAUCCGUCGAGCGUUGUCAGGUUUCCGUCAACGUUUGAUGAUAAACUGGCAGAGAAGGGACUGGUUUCCUUUGACCCAACAAAGAGAAAGGACCUUAUACCAUCCGAUAUGAUGGUCAAUGGAGACAUUGUCUUUGAGGGCACCGAAUAGCAUUAAGCCCAUUCUUAUGACCAUGUCUUGUCCAGUUUGGGGUUCUAAUACUUACACUAUCCACUCAACAUUUUCGCAAAGGUGAAUGGCUAUUUUCAUUCGAGUGUUAUUUAUGUUUGGCAAGUUUGAGAUCGAAUAAGUAACGGAUGACUUCGAAGUUUGAAGGGUAAUGCAUAAUUUCUGUACAUUAUGUCAGACCGAAAUUGCUCAAUGCUUUGGUCUCCGUUCACUCAAACUCAGUUCACAAAUAAGCAAAUUUCAUGUAUCCCUUAGUGGAAUAUACAUGUACUUUACAUUAAAAACGAAUGUUGAAACUGCAUUUUUUGUACAUAUUUUUUAAAGAAUAAGCGAAUAAAAGUCAGCAGGUUAGAAUGCCUUUUGAGUAAGCAUGAUCAUGAGAAUGAUACUAACAUCAUCAACAUGCAUCCAAAGACAGUAUAUUUUUCCGGGAUUCAAAAUGACAACAUGAUAAUAAAAAUCAAAUGCUAGUUUUAUCAUGAUUGUUAUCCGUUAGGUCCCCAAGUAAUGAAGGGUCAGAGUGGAGGAGCCGUGGUGUAGUGGUUCUGACUAUCGCCUUGUAAACAGAGGGUUGUGUGUUCGAAUCCCAACACGGUCUGUCAUUCUUUGGCAAGGCGUCAAUCAACACUUUGCCACUCUCCACCCAGAUGAUAAAUGGGUACCCGGUAGGAUGUGAAAGCCAUUGUAGCGUGUCCAGUACUGUGUGCGCCUCACCGGCGACUGACUGGAAUACUACCCAGGGAGUGGAAGAUGUGCACACAUUAUGUGCGGGAACGACUGAUUGAAUCCGAUGACCGGGAUAAUAAUAUAUCUGUAAAGCGCUUAGACACGUCGUUCCGAUGUAUUAAGUGCUAUAUAAAAGCGGAUUAUUAUUAUUAUUAUUUGUAAACCAAGGGGUCAGUUACUCUUAUCAAGAUAUUAUGUAAGAUUUCCUACCGUGUCUUUAGGAAAUUGUUCUGUAACAACUUUCCGCGUGCCGCGUAGGACUGUGAUGGGUCACUAACGCUGACUACCUACUUGGUGCUCUAAGCAUGUGUCACUUUUUAGGUAAUUAAUGUAUCAUAUAUAUUAGUUUUGAUGUGAUCACGUAUAUCGAUAACCUAUACCCUAUAGGAAGGGGCGUGCCAUACCUCUCAAUUAUUUCGUCAGAAUCAUAUUUUUGUUACUUUGGACAAAGUUACAAACUUGCUCCAUUUAAAGUACAGGCUAUACUAACUACAAGCAGACAAGUGUAAAAUUAACCACGCUGAUAUUCACAAGAAAUUUCCAGCUGUAGUCUCGCAUGAGUGUCUUUUUACUCAACAUUUAUUUGAAGGACAAGUUAACUGCCAACAAAAAGUUGAUACGAAUAAAAGAGAAAAAUUUAAAAAGCAUAACACUGAAAAUUUUAUCAAAAUCGGAUAUAAUAUAAGAAAGUUAUGACAUUCCAAAUGUUUGCUUAAUUUCACAAAACAGUUAUAUGCACAUCCUGGUCGGUAUGCAAAUGAGGAGACUGAUGACGUCACCCAUUCACUAUUUCAUUUGUACUUUUAUAUACGAUAUAUGAAAUAUUCUAAUUUUCUCCUCAAUGUCAAAUGAAACAACGAUUAAUUCCUUCCUAAACAUGUGGAAGUAGCAUUGUUUAAUAAUAUUUGGUUCAGUCAAGCUGCUCCUUAAUGUCACAUCUGUAAAAGUGAAAUAUUGUAUGAUUCAAACAAUAAAAAACAAAAGAAAUAGUGAGUAAAUGACAUCAUCAUUGCAUGCCACUAGAUUGGAAUAUCUUUCAGUGUUUUGUGAAAAUAAGCGAAACUUUAAACUUUCUUAUCUUUCUUAUUUUACAUCCGAUUAGAUGAAAUUUUCAGCGUUAUGCCAGUUUGAUUUUUCGCUAUUUAUUCAACUCAACACUUUUCUGGGGUGGACUUGACCUUUAAAAACAAAGUGCUGCAGUUACGGAAAUAAUGAAAAUGGUAAAGCAUUAUCUACACCUAAUUCAUUUGCUCUGGCAUAAACAUACGAUCAGUGAGUCGAGUGUGGUAUAUUUAUGUUUUUUUAUAGUAUAUACUCGAUAAUUUAAUUCUUAGUCUCCUUCUAUAAAAUCAUUUUCUAAGCAAAGUAUAAAUACAGAUAAUCAAAUGAGAAAAAAAUCAAUAACUGAUAGGGAAAUACUCACAAAAUAAAUACAAAGUUAUCAAAAAUAUACAGUUAGAUAAAGGACAAAACAACCCGUCCUAAAAAUAUCCACCCUUCCCCACCCCACCCCCCCCCCCCCCCAGAAAAAGAGAAGGGG